AUUACUGGUGUUUAGAAGACCUGUACCGGGAGCUGGUAAAACGCUACGUGGAUGCUGUCGAUAAGCUCUCAGGGAGGCGGCCAGACCCCGCUACCAUUGAAGGCUGCAGGGAAUUAAAACCAGACAACUACCUUCUCGCUUGGCACACACCAUUCAAUGAAAAGGGUUCUGGAUUUGGAGCAGCCACAAAAGCCAUGUGUUUAGGGAUGCGGUACUGGAAGCCAGAAAGGCUGGAGUCCCUUAUUGAAGUGAGCAUUGAGUGCGGACGAAUGACUCACAACCACCCUACAGGCUUUCUAGGGUCCCUAUGCACAGCUCUCUUUGUGGCAUAUGCAAUACAAGGGAAACCCCUCGUGCAGUGGGGAAGAGAGAUGAUGAAGGUUGUGCCGAUGGCUGAAGAAUACUGCAAGAAGACAAUUCGCCAUAUGGCAGAAUAUCAGGAACACUGGUUUUACUUUGAAGCCAAGUGGCAGUUUUAUUUGGAAGAGAGAGAAAUCAAUGAGGAAAAUCAGAAUAAACCUGUCUUUCCAGACAACUACGAUGCAGAGGAGAGAGAAAAGACAUACAGGAGGUGGAGCUCUGAGGGCCGGGGAGGCAGACGAGGCCAUGAUGCCCCCAUGAUUGCCUACGACGCCUUGCUGGGCUGUGGCGGGGACUGGACAGAGCUCUGCAACCGCUCCAUGUUCCACGGAGGGGAAAGCGCAGCUACUGGGUCUAUCGCCGGCUGCCUGUACGGCUUGGUUUAUGGCCUCAGCAAGGUCCCCAAAGGCUUGUACCAGGACCUGGAACAAAGGGAGAGGCUCGAGUACUUGGGCGAGAAUCUUUACCGACUAUCCAUGGAGGAAAAGUAAAGCGGUUUCUGCCAUUUUCUUUUUUUCUAUAAAGACUAUAUCAAACCGUGUAGAUAACUGACUGAUGUUCAUAGCAAAGGAAUUAGCUGAGAGCUGGUCUGAAAGGCUGUAUGUAGAUGGUGUGUGAGUGAAGAUAGAUGAAUUAUUCAAGACUGAUUAGAUAUUUACAGUCUUUUGUGGUUUUUUUACAGAGGUAGGGAUUUCUGAGUAUGCUUAAACAACUGAGAUAAUCUCAAAUGGAAAAAAAUAAAUAAAACUUUUUUGGAUUGAUUUCAGUCUAACUUGCUAUAAUACCACUUUCUAAGCAGCUGUGACCAGUAAUUACACAUACAAAAUUAAUUUUCAGAACUAAUGCUUUCCUGCAAAACUAAUGGUAGUACAUCCUUACGGGGAUAUUCUCUGUAUAUUUGACAAUCCUUUCACCACUGCUGUCCCUCCUUGUUCUCAAAUCUAAUGUGUCUGUGACACUUGUAAACCUAAUGUCUCACGGAUUAGCUUUUAAAUGAACCACUGAUCCCCACAUCAGCACUGUGGUGCAAGGUAUUGUUACAUUAGAAGCUUCCAGAAAAGGAAAAGCCAACACUAAAAAUACCCCCAAGGAACAGCAAAGCAUCGGUGUGUCUAAAAUU